GCAGUUUAGACAUAUCUAAGCUGAAGAUAAUUGGCCUAAACUAACCAAGUUACUAGCCCUUUUAGACCAUGUUUAACAGUGGCGAUUACAACCUGGAACAAAUCAUGCGUGAAAUGUUUGUUUUUAUGCUCUUUGACAGAAAUGUUGACUAGCUUUUUCGUUAGAACAUGGUUUUCAUUAUGUAUUUGGUUCAGGUUUUUGAGAAGUACCCUUCAUUUAAACUUCCUUAAGUUUUUGGAAAGCCUUCAGAAAAUAAGAAAAAUUUGUAAAAGUAGUCUAAGUUUUAAUUUUCCUAUUGUUACAACUUCAAGUAAAACUUUCAGUAUUUCAUGAUAAAACGAUGGCAAUCAUUUUAAGUCGAAGGCCGCUCAUUAUGAGCAUCAUGCUUCGAAAUCUGUCUUCGAAAAGUACAACCGUAUUACAAUAUGAAAGUCGUGGUAUUGUGUCGAGUUGCUUGGAAUGUGUGGCACUAAAGGGAUGGAAAUUCCGAACAAUCUCGGCCCGAGAGUUGAAUCUGAGUUCUAUAAAAAACGAAAGUGAGCGAAUUCAACGACAUUCGAACAGUCUUUGCUGGAGCUGUAAUUCAAAAGGAAAAAAUUUAUUUUUCUGCGAGAAUUGCGGAACUGUGUUACAAUUAUCAGUUGUCACCUUGGACUCAAAACAAUCGAAUCACCAGGGAUCUUUGCCGACCUACUUUGAUCUUUUUAACUUAGAAGCUUCUUUUGAAGUUGACCCUGGAAAAGUUAAGGAAAACUAUCGCCAGUUGCAAACUAAACUCCACCCAGACAAAUUUUCAAACAGAAGUUCCAAAGAGCAGGACUUUUCUCAAGAGAUCUCUAGUCUGUUGAACAAUGCAUUAAAUGUGAUCCUAUCUCCAUACCUGCGCGCGAAGUAUCUAUUGAAAGUUCUUUACGAUGAAGAUGUUCAAGACGAAGCGAGCAGCGCUGACAAGGAAAUACCACAAUCGGCUGAUUUUUUAAUGACAAUUAUGGAAUGGAACGAAAUUCUGGAGGAAAAAGACGGCCGCGAUUUGAAAUCACUUCAAAAAAAAUUAGAAAAAAGCAGAAAUGAAAUUUUGAAUAAUUUGAAGCUAGCAUUCACUUCGAAUAACAUAAAAGAUGCCAAAGAGAAUUUAGCGAAGUUGAAAUAUUUUGACAACCUAUCAGAGAAACUGAAGUUUAAAAUUGAAUGAUUCGUAAUUAAGUUUUUCUGAAUUUGAA